AUGAACAAAAAGUUAGUCCCCAUUUCAUCACACCUCAACUUAUCUCCCUACAGGGGCGUCGUCCAGCUAUUCAAUGCUGUCCGUCAACAACAGAAAGUUUUGGAGGAGAAACUCACAGAAGCUGGUUCGUCCAUCAAGAAAAGUGAAAAAGUGAUGGAGUCCAUGACCAAAGGAAAAUUCCUUGAUUUGUUGAAGGGUUCCAAACCUUCAUUGUUAAAAGACUCUAAAAAAGUUACAAAGAAAGAACCGACAUUGAAACAGGAAGAGGAGCCCACAAAGUGGAAGAUUUUAAGAGACUAAUUUUAUGAUGGGUGCCAAGAUGAAGG